GCCGGCGCCCCUCCCCAUCGAGGCAACAGGACUGCGACGCCCGACGCCCCCUCGAUUUCCCUGCUCAACGCCCUUCCCUGGUCAACGCCGAGCCAGUGCGGGCCGACGCCCUCCCCAUGGUGGCAGUAGGACGGCGGCGUUCGACGCUCCCAUCUCCUCCCUGCUCCAUUGGCGGCCAGGAUUGGAACCUCGAGGUCCCAGUCCGUCUGAAGUCUGCGUUUUCUGACUCUGUCCCUCGUCUGUUCGAGUCCCGCUUCCUGAAGCUCCCCACCACUUAGAAACUAUGCUCGCCCAUGUCGCUUUCCCUCCUGCGAUUUCAUCUUGUCCGGUUAAGAUGACAAGGCAUGCCAUUCUUAUCCUUGAACCGUGUGUGCUCUCAUCUUUUUUCGGUCUCUUAUCCUUUGCGUCCCUUGAUGGUUUCCAGGAGGUUUUCUUGGAGAUGUCGAGCAGAACGGGUCUGAGCUGGGUACUCCCAGUUGGAGGUGAUUUAUUUUCUUGCCCCUCUUUUGUGGUAUGAGGAUUUUUUCCUAGUUCUGUCUGGACAAUUUUUUUAUAUUUAAUCUAGAGAGACAAAUUAGUUGUAGUGUUAAUGUUGAUAAAGUUGGCGAACAUUUGUCAGCGGGUAAGAUUCAUUACUCUUAGAUCUGAUAGGUUGUUUGUGAUGUGUGAGUUCACUUGUUUAACUCUCAGUAAUCACCAAACUGAGGAAUCUCCCUCAACUCUGGCCCUAGUUUUUGUUGAAAAUCUGGAUUUCAUUACGUUUCUUCUGACUAAAUCUUUAUACGGAUCUUCAAGCCCAGGAUCUUAGCAUCUUAUCACACAAAAGCUAGGUAGCACUCCGCAAUCGGUAUAAUCCAGUAGUUAAGUAUCCUGAAUUGUUGUUUUGUGUCCUUCAGUGUUAUUGUAUAUGAUGCACAUGUAGUACUUUCGUCCUUGCCUAUUGGGAUUUUAAUAGGAGACAUACAUAAUAGCUGGAUUAAAAUUUUGAUGUCGAUAAUAAAUAUUGGUGAUUGAAUACAAGUUGUUUGUAACUCAAAUAUGUUAAACAAAUAGUCCAUUGUUUGGGGAACUGCUACUGUCAGAUAUACCGUACGUUGUAUAACAUCCGUGCAACCAUGGUUUGCAUUUACAUUACAUGGACGUAUAUUGAAUUUCACUUGUUUAGGUUAGAAAAGUCAGCUACCGACCUCCUCGAACUGAGCGAAACUUAUUGAAUCAAACUAGUCUCUCUCUCCGGGAGAAAAGUUUUGGUUUGAUAUUUGGACGGAGUGGGAGUGGAAAUACCACUCUUUUACAGCUUUUGGCCGGUCUAUCAGAACCUACCUUUGGUUCAAUUUGCAUUCAGAAGUAUGAUGAUAGUGGAAAUCCAAUGGGUCUGUCGGAAGUGUUAGCUCCUCAAAGAGUCGGUAUUGUAUUUCAGUUUCCUGAGAGGUACUUCUUAUCAGAUACUAUACUUGAAGAAGUUACUUUUGGAUGGCCAAGGCAAAAGGCAGACAUUCCUUUGAGGGGGCAACUCACUUUAAAACUUCAGAAUGUCAUUAACUCUGUUGGUCAAAGUGCCAUUUCAUUGGAUAAGGAGCCACGGUCUCUCAGUGGUGGGUUUAAGCGGCGACUUGCUUUGGCAAUUCAACUGGUUCAAACUCCUGAUUUAUUGUUGCUUGAUGAGCCCCUCGCUGGACUUGAUUGGAAAGCUCGGGCUGAUGUUGUGAAUCUCCUGAGGGACCUAAAGAAAGACUACACCAUACUGGUUGUAAGUCAUGACCUAAGAGAACUAUACCCGCUGGUAGACCGGUCCUGGAGAAUGGAAAUGGGGGGUGUUUUGAACGAGGAACCUUUACCUGUAUAGAUUAACAUUUUUAUUCCUUGGAAAAUUCAUAACGUUUUUUUGUGCGUGUGCAGCUGGAACGCUGACCCAUUUGUUGUUGCUGUGAACAGGCUCAUAGCUAGCUAGGGAUCCUAAUGUAAUGUUUAUAAUGGUACAAGGCAAGUUGCAAAAUCUAUUAAGAGUGACUCCACACCUACCGGAUGUUCGUCAAUAAUAGUAUGAUGUUAUUUCGCAUAUGCUCUGUUCAUGUGCACAAACACAGAAACGCUCUCAGUUAAGUAUCUUGAAGAGUCUGACCGA